GCGUGCAGUAGUCGGGCGACAGGGGCUCGGGAUAAUCGUGAGAAAGUAUCAGUGUUUGCUAACAGUUGAAAAACAAUCUGAUAGUGUAAAAAUUAUUAUUCUUACUUUAAACAAUUUUAGUGUUUUGGUCUCUCUAAAAAUAAAAAAAUUUGCUGAUUUGAUUGUUCAAUAAUAAUAUUUAUAGAAAGACUAGUAUUAUAGAUACAAAUAUCAUCCUAUAAUAAACGGUAUGAUUUAUCUGUUUUAUAACAUUUUCAUUUUUUUUUUUAUGGCUUUUAUUAUAGUGAUUAUCUAUUGAUUUAUAUAUAUAACAAUUAAAAGUACGUACCAAGGAAAAUAUUAUUAUACAUUGUCAAUAUAUGAUAAAUGUGCGUUCAUUAUUUCUCUAAUACCAGCAUCGUGAAAUUGUUAUGGGAUACGCACAAUACGGAUCCUAUAACGUAUAAAAUAAUUGUGAAUAACUAUUAAGAUAAUAAGACAACUGAUGAAAUUGUACAAACGGUGAUUUAUGCUAAUCGCUCGUUCUAAUAUUAAUCUCGACGCCACUGUAAUCGGUUUGAAAAUAAGAACACAGUGAAUCACAAAACGAAGGAAUUCUCGUGGAAGAAAGUGGAAACCUGCAGCGGAGGGGUAAACGGCUUCUAGUUAACGGUCAUAGUAAACGGUAUUCGAUCUUCUUCUUUGCGUGUCUACCAGUGUUUCAUAACUACCGUGUAACUCCAAUAUCUUCCAUGAAUUCCGCUCUCUUUUUACGAUUCCUCACUUCCUGUUACCGUGCCUAGUUCCGGUUACCGGAACCGGAAACCGCAAUAAUUGCUGAGGUGUUCGGAAUCAAGUGCAACCUGAAAAGGCAUUUCACCGUGAGAGAGAAUUAUAAUCGAUCGCAGUAUCAGAUUAACGCGAGGAUCAGCAUUAAACGCAAUGAUCAUAGAAAAGAUACUAUCGCCGCUCUGAAUUGUCCGCCAAGUGUUAUCGUCGAAUUGAACUCGAGUUAUCAAAUAUGACACCCGGAGAAAGAAAAGAAGAGCUCCUUCGAGAGUGGCGUUAAACGAUUCGCAUUCCGAUGAAGUCAUUUCUGAGAUUUCGAUGAGGAAACGUCUCGCCUGCAAGAAGAAAAGAAAAAGACGAAAGGAAGGUUGAAAUUUUUAACACGAACGUAUUCGCAACGUAUGUUUUGUAGUUGUAAAAUACACGUUACGAAGUAAUAACGUAGCAUCGGUUAUUUUUCGCAUUAUACGGCAGAUAAGAGAGAGAGAGGAAUGAUGAAGCUGAAAGUUGCGCAAAAUGUUUUGAAAACCGGCAAAUCUGUGAAGGUAUCUGACGGCGUUACCGCGGCGAAACACUGCGUAUCUGGUUGCGGUUAUACUGGCGCGACGCAAACACCAAGGAUCGAUGAUCUCUCCGAUAUCUCGAAAUCAAUAGAUGGCGCGAAUCGAUCGAAGGAGUCAGUCGUCGAGAAGUCGCGCGACAGAAAUUUUGCUACAGUGGCGGUGACUGCGACUGAAACUAUUGUGCAAGAAGCACCAGAGCCACGUGGUAUCCCCGUUUUCGGAACGCUUCUGUCGUUUAUUCUCGCCGGUGGUCCAAAGAGACAACACGAGUACGUUGACAGACGGCACAAGGAAUUGGGCUCAGUUUACAGGGAACGCCUAGGUCCAAUUACAGCAGUUUUUGUAAACUCAACACAUGAGUUUCGAAGAGUUUUUAGAUUGGAAGGGUCCGCGCCGAAACACUUCUUACCAGAAGCUUGGACACUGUACAACGAGACACGGAAAUGUCGACGCGGUUUGCUGUUCAUGGACGGCGAAGAAUGGAUAUACUUUCGUAAGAUUUUAAAUAAAGUGAUGCUGGCGCCAGAUCCAACGAAUUUAAUGUUCCAACCGUGUCAAGACGCGGCUGUCGAACUCAGGGAAAAAUGGCAAAAACAGAUCAAGACCGAUGCUGUUAUAACGAAUUUACAGGUUCAACUUUAUCAAUGGUCCCUCGAGGCAAUGAUGGCUACGUUAAUGGGAUCGUGUUGGCAUUAUUACAAGCAACAGCUAUCUCGAGACUUCGAAGUAUUGGCGGAGGUCUUGUACAAAAUAUUUGAAUAUUCAGCUAAAUUAUCUGUGAUACCAGCUAAGCUAGCUAUGAAUUUACGCUUUCCUGUUUGGAGGAAAUUCGUCGCGUCUGCUGAUAUAGCGUUCGAAAUUGUUCGAACACUGGUACCGGAAAUGACUACAUUAGGUGGCGACGGUUUGUUGAAAAAAAUGAUGGAUGAAGGUAUCCGAGCCGAGGAUGCAAUCUGCAUUGUUACCGACUUCAUUUUGGCAGCUGGUGAUACGACAGCGACCACUUUGCAGUGGACAUUGCUACUGUUGUGUAAUUACCCUGAGAAACAAGAAGAAUUAUUUGAACAAUUGAAGGAUGUUCCGCAGAGAGAUUUAUUACGCGUACCAUUGUUAAAAGGCGUAAUUAAAGAAUCUUUUCGACUCUAUCCCAUAGCUCCAUUUAUAUCUAGAUAUUUACCAAAAGAUAGUGUGAUUGGUAAUUACUUUGUACCAAAAGGGGAACUGCUCGUAUUAUCACUUUAUUCGAGUGGUCGCGACGCAGCGAACUUUUCGCAACCAAAUGAAUUCCUUCCGGAAAGAUGGAUCAGAACGGAAAAAGGUACUUACCAAGGUGUAAUGCAUCCGCAUGGUAGUUUACCAUUUGCUUUAGGUGCUAGAAGCUGCAUUGGUCGAAAAUUGGCAGAAAUACAAAUAUCGCUUGCAUUAGCACAGCUAGUUAAGUCGUUCAAAAUAGAAUGUAUAAAUAAGGAUCAAGUGGAAUUAAUUUUACAUUUGAUAUCUGUACCUUCGAAGUCGAUAAAAUUAAAGCUGACAGAAAGGACAUAACAAAUAAUGUGUAAUAUAACGAAAUGAAGUAUCGUCGUAUAGGAGAGUAUUUUUUUCUAUUUCUUGUUUUUUAUUUACUUGUUUCUUCGAAGCAAUGUUUUACCCGUAUACAUUUAUAUUGAAUAAACUGACGUUCAAAUA